AUGGCUCGUGGUCACCAAAAGGCUCAAUCACAAGCAAGAAAUCUUGAAAAACAAGCAGCACUGAAAAAAUCUCAAAGUCAAUUGAAUUCAGCAGCUGCUGGUUUAAAAUUUUCAUGUGCUGUUUGUAAAGCUCAAAUGCCUGACCCGAAAACGUAUCGUCAACAUUUUGAAAAUAAACAUCCAAAAGUUGAAUUACCAGACGAUAUUAAAAAUGUUGUAGCUUAA